UUAACUGUAAGUAAUAAUAAAAAUUGCUUUCUCUAGAGAAUAAAGAUAAAUUAAAAUUUUAUAAAAGUGUGUUUAUACCUGAGUAACUACGUUAUCGAUGAGUAGCGCAAAUAAAGGAAAUGAUAGCGCAUUUCCUGAUCUAUAACCCAGAAGAUCGCGAUAAGAACGAGUGUCACUGACCUAAUGAAAAUAAUGAUUUUAUCGUUCAGUUUAUAACAAGAGAGAAAAAUCGAUUGUCUCGAAUUUAAAAUAUUAAAUUCAAAGUUUCAAGUAUCCCGACUGAUGUUACAUUUUCGAGAUAUUUAUAGCUUUGUUCAUAAAAUGAACAAUUUAUUGCGAACAACGAGACUUGUUCAUAUCCAACUAGCCAAUAUAAUUUCUUCCAGCGUGCAUAAGAAAAAAUUCGCGCGGUAGUAUGCAUACGCAGGAUGCGAUAAUGACACUUUUUUGAAUAAAUGUGUUUGCGGAACAAACGAGAGAUAGCACUCGAAGUAUAUUACAAGGAAGAAAGCUGCAAGUAGUAAACUUGAGACGUUUUAACAAAUGAGCUGCUAAAAAUAGAGAAGCGUUAAAAGAUAAUUUAUCCUUAAGCAUCAAGUCGAUAUCAAAUAUUAUCCUCGUAUUACAUAAUUUUCUUUGUAUCGCUAAACGUUUAUUCGAUUGCGUGCAUCUUCGAUCAUAUCGUGAACAUUAAAUCUGGAGGGGUUGAGAGGCUGAUUAAAUAUCAUUAUGAGAAGAUGUGCUGGCAUUUUGCAUUCUCUGCCUUCGUUACGCCGCGAAUACAGCCCGCUGCAUACAAGUGCACGGUCGAUUGCGGGUUUCGAAGAAGCUCCAUGGCGGAGGACGCCGAUAAGCAGUGCAAAUUUGACGUUGCACUCCAACGUUGUCAGGAGAUAGAUAACAAUUUACGCGUUAAUAUAUUAGCUGUACAUGCGACGACGUAUCUUUACGAGAGUGCGUGCGACGCAAACACGCCUCCAACUAAGACUUUGACAGCGCAAACUCUUCGAUGGUCAUUAACCCUGCCGCCCCGGUAAGCGGCUUAAGGUAUAAAGGGUUGCGUCGCUCAUCCCGUCCGAUUACUUUUGUUGAGAAAUCUCGACACUAUGGAAGUGACGCAUUUACUCGUCGUGUAUCUUCUUGCUGCUCUAACAAGCGUGCAUGCAUCGCACGGAAACGUCGAAACUGGGGUCAUCGAACAAGAAGGCAUCACCGAGGAUCACCAGAAGGUGCAUGACGAAUGCCGGAAUCCGGAUUACAAGAAAUACCUCAAGUGUUUAAUGAGACCGAAGAGGCAUCAUCAUAACGGCCACGGAGACGAGCUGUCGGAAAAUGAUCCUACUCAUUGUUUGGAAGCGUGUUUAAAAAAAUGCGAUCAUCAUUCGGAACAUGACGAGUGCGAGAAGAAAUGCAGUUAUUGCACGAAAAGAACCAAGCACAGGCAUCAGAUCAUUACGGAAUACGAGACGGAAUGCGUAUCGGGAAAUUGCGGUCCGGCCAAUGACGGGCUAAGAACUACCAAUAUAACAACGAAUAUCGACAUCAAUAAUAUUAUUAAUACUUUUAGCAAUGCUACUAAAAACGGUGCACCUGAUACGUCUAUUAUUCCUAGUACGUCUGUUAGGCCUGGUAGGCCUGAUAGGCCUGGUAGGCCCGGUAUGGCCGGAGGUAAUCAUGAAAAUGGCGGUAAUGGAGAUAACGGCGAGAAUGGAAUAACGGAUAAACCAGGAGACUGCUGUCCACCUGUAGCACCUCGCUUCCCAUCGAUUCCUAUAAUACCUCAAAUUUCGUUGGUACCACAAAUCACGUACGGUGUAGGAUUCGGAGCUGCAGGCGGAUGCGCGCAAAAUCAGUGGCUUUGCAUCCAAACAGGCGGCAUUAAGGAAGUACAGCCUGACUGCUCCGGAUGCGGCAAUCCCAUCUUACGCUACAGAUGCGAUGUAAGUUGUUACGCAACUUACGCCGGCGCGGCGACUAAAAUUAAAUCGCCUUGUAAUAGUCCGGAAUGCAUUGGGGGUUCCAUAUAAUUUUGCUGGAUUGAAAGCAGUCGCAAUGUGAAUGAAACAUCAUUAUUAAUCGUUCGAGUUUUUUAUAUUUGUGUGUCAAUAUCUUGAUAAAAAAUUGCUUGUAA